UUCUGCAGGCUGUCAGCUGGUCAACUGGAAUCCAGAAGCUGUCAUCAUGUUAUUCGUGCAGAGUAAAUGAGCCCAAUCAAAUGCUGCUGUAUACGUCUGGCAGAUGGUGAUGCCAAACCUUCAUCAGCGGCGUGUCACGAUGACGUCACAUCAUCUCUCUCUCUCUCGCGAUUCAAUGCCAAGAAACUUUUGCGAGCGCCAACGAGACACCCACCCAGCCCAGCCAACCCCCGCCGAACGAUGGCAACAGCCAGCAGAGAGAGAGGUCAGUGACAUCUGUUGAAGAUUUUAUUUCGGGAUUCUAACUAAAUAAUUCACAAAUUGCUACUACUGCUGCUACACCAACGGCGCAGCGUCUGGAUGGUCCGUGUCAGACACUUGGCUGUUUACAUAAGAAUGGCGGAGCGAGAAACACAGUCGCAGUUUGAACUUUGUGUGUUGUUGUUGUUGAUAACUGGUCGGCUGCUGUCGCCUCAACUGGUCUGUGUGUCGAGUAUAUCGUAGUAGGUAAAGCUGCUGGAUGCUUAUUAUGAUAAUAGCGACGACGACGCUAUUCAAGCCAACAGCAGCAGCAGCUGGCCCAUUGCGAAUGUUUUGGCGACGCUGCUGAAACAUAAACGGACGGACCAUGCAGCACUUUGGGGUUUUCAGCUCGUUGCAUUUCUCAUCUGCAUUUUCCGACUGUUUCUCUCAUUCGGACGGGGAGGUUGCUCACCCGGAUAUGCGAUACCCCCCCCCCUUCCUCGCACAAUGGGCUAUAAUAAGAGCUUGAUAUGUGUAGUCGACGUUGCGGGACUACGCACACACACUCGACACUCCCUCCUCCUGCGCCAAAUAAACUGGCCAUCGAAACGUGACUUUUGGCCUCUUUUCGAUUGAUACUUACACAUCCAUUGAAAUUGAAAUUGAUUUGAUUUUGUUAUUUCGAAUGUUGCGCGCCAGAAUGAGAUAAGAUUUGUCCUGAUGGCGCAGACGCGGGACAUGCGCAUUUGGCGGGAGGCAAAGCCACAGCGACACGGCCGUCGGGAGUCUGUGAACGCAAGGAACAAUCAUCGACCCGUUUCAUCCCGUGUCUGUUAUCGGGCGACCGACAACAUGGCCACGAGAGCAGCGACAUUCGCUGCCAAGGUGAGAAAUUUGCACGAUUAUCAACUUCGACUGCUCAACAGCUCCGGCUCACCGCCAUCCGGUCACGAUGUAGCCAAUACGCUCAAAUACUUCUCGCAGACGCUUCUCGGAAUCUUGAAGGAUGUGCCGGAUUUCCCGCUCGUCAUGGUGUACAACCGGGAGAGCAACACCAAACGCAUGGCCCUAUUCCCGAGCCUCGAUUACAAGGGCCUCUACACCGUUUUGAUCCAGCUGCUGGAAGUGGCUCCGCUCAUUCAGACCGGAGUCGAUGUGCUGGGCCAGGCGCUGAUCAGCACGAUCCUAUGCGUCAUGCCGUUCCUCGAACAGGAUCUAAUCGAUAAUCUGCCCAGUCUGGUUGCCUCGUCUAUCGUUCACAUGCCCAGCUCUCUUCACGGCUACAUCGUUCAGGUCCUCUGCUCCUUCCUCCUGCCGCUCACCAUGGGCACUCCGCCAGCAGACGGCGUAUUCAACGUGAUCGAGCCGUCCGUUCCCGGAAUUAUUAUGGCCGUUCUCCAGUACACGACGAAUACAGCUCACCACUGCCAAUUGAUGGAGACGCUCAUGUCACUUAAACCGGAUGUGGCUAAGGAUUUACUCUGCAUUAUCGCUCAUGGGACAUUGAAGGCUCGCGUGCCCGGCGCCCACCUCUUAUUUUACUAUUGGCCGUCGUUAAAUCCCACGCUGUACGAUCGGCGCGGCGUCAACACGAAAUUCAACGGAUUCGCUCUCAAUGGUUGGAAGCCGGUCAUGUGUCAACGAGACGAGUGCCAAAGCAGCGGCGAAGCGGCCGAAGCUAUCAAACUCUGUCUGGAUCAUCGGGUGGCCGUUGUCCAGCAGAGCAAUAACGAGAACGGACCCCUCUUGGUGAUUUGCGCUACUUGCGCUGAUGAAAUCAAACGCUUGGAACCGCCCGCUAACUUGUCCUCCAAUGGCAAUCAACAACAACAUUUUGAGCCGCUUGUGGAACUCCUUUUGCCGAUGCUCCAAGUUGCCGCUACGUGCGAUAACACGAGUUGCCGUUCAACGGACAAGACGGCCAGCGUGUCGUGCUUCUCGUCCAGCUGCACCAGUUAUAAUGACAGACGGCCGAUACGCUAUUGCGCCCAGUGUCACUCGAUCCGGCACAACAACCGGCGCGGAGGCGACCACAUUUUCCACUGCAAUCUGACAUCGGCCUGGGAGAUGUCGCCAGAGAUGCAGAGUUACACGGUAGAUGCCGUCGUCAGUCUCCUGAAAGAAGCCCAGCCGUACAGCUUCGAACGAAGUAGCGAGAGCAACGAUCGACUCACUCGGGCUGGACUUUGGCUCUGUGGAGAUUUGGAUACGAUUUACUCGUUCGGAUUGGAAGAGAGAAGAUUGCUCAGUCGCUACGGCGUCUGGCUUCUGACGGCCGUGUGCCGGCCCGUGCCCGAAGCAGCCAAAUCCAUCAUCGGAAGGUUAAUAGGCGCUCUCUUUCACUGGUUCGACACUACGGCUCACGUCACCGAUGAUCAAGCCGGAAGCGUACUGGAGCCACUCAAAUCGGAAAUGCUUCGGGAAUGGAUCGUCGAGGCGCAGGAAAACCAACUGGACGUUCUGCUCGACUGUUUGAUGCCCUGGCCGGCUUCAUACUCGAGAGUGGGAGGCAGUUGGGACACGGGUCAUUGUCCGAAAGCCGUUCACAUUAAGGAAGGAUUCAACCGUCUCUUUUGUCUCGUUCCUUACGAAAUCAUCACCGUCGAUUUGUGGAAUGACAUUGUACCCCGUUGGCUGGAAUCGAUGGUCACCACUGUGCCAUCCGAUGAGUGGAUAGAAUUCCGAAUUAUUUUAAGCAAAUUACUGGACUCGAGUAUGAGCCCUUUGGGAUUCGAUGCCCAACAAAUGUUUCGUUUCCUGGCUGUCCGCUUCCGUGGAACUCAUCUGCGUGUUCAACAACAAACACUCAACUGGCUCCAGCUUCUCUCCUCGUUGCACAUUGUUGUCCCCAUCGAUCUCCUGGUCAACAUUUUCCAGGAGGGAGUCAACACGAGUAAACUGGACACCGACAACGAAAUCCCAAAUUUCGAUAUGGAGGAAAUUCGACCGUUAUCUCCCGUAUCGAAUCAAAGUGUUUCGUCAUCCGAGUUGCCUCUGAGUCUUCCGGAGAAGAGCCUGGCCUGUCACGUCCUAAUGUUAGACAUUUUACUGGAGCAACUGGAAGUCCAAGAGGAGCCUAGUAAUGGGGGAUUGACGGGAGCGCCGCUCGCUCAGCACUGCCUCACGCUUUUGAAAGAUAUGAUUCACGUCCGGCAAUGCAUGCUGCAUAAUUGCACGUCGGCUGAUUGCUACAUGUGUAGUCUGUUGACAUCGUGGUAUCAGCUGGCGCAGGAGUUGAUUGCUUUCUACUCGCCACUGCACGCGGCUGUCGUUAGUGAGUGUUUCGAAGAGCUCGAGAAUUGCGUGGAGAUGGCCGCUGCCCAGUCAGUCCAGCAACAACAGCAACCCAGCCCUGGUGAACAGCAGACAAACAAACCGGAAGAGGCUAUAUCAACCGUUUAUUAUCAAGAACAACAACAACAACAAGUAUUACAACUGGGCGAAGUCAGAACGGCCAAAAUGGAGACCGUGUCCGAGUUAGAUCUGGCGCCGAUCCUACCAUCAGAAAGAGUCCUCAGAGCUGUAGCCAAUGCUGUGACUUGCACUGAAAUGGAAGUGGCCGGCUGCAAAGCCCAAGUAGCUCAGCCGAGCAUGUUGACGGACGAUCCUUCAGACCACAUGGAUCAUCCAGACCAUCAACAGCCGAAUCAACAAUAUUGGGUGACGACCGCCGGCAAAUUUCGAUUUGCGCUGGAUGAAUUGCCGAAUCACCUCCAACUCAUUUACGGAUUCCUGAAAGAGCUCUACCACUUGAUCCGACCGGACACUCAACGACAUCUACUCCGCUGCGUCGAAAUCCUUUGUCUACACUGCGAGGUGCUCAGUAAAUCCGCCUGUCGCGAGCAUCCAGGCUUCCUGUUCUGGGUUCAAGAAAAUCUCACCGUGGCCCAGCUCUGGAAUCUCCUCGAGAGUCAAACAUCGCACGUCGCCCAGACGUGUGCCUCUCUCUUGCUGCACUGUCUCACUCUUCCUGGUGGAUCGGAUGUUUUCUGGAAAAUUAUGGAAUCGGAUUUCCACUCGCGCGAUUGGAAGACUCGCUUUUCAUCCGUGGAGCGGAUGAUGUUGGUGUGCCAAUUUCUGGACGAUCCCACCGUCAAACAGAGUUCCAUUUUACAGUCGAUCCUGACCAACGCCUUUUGUUUCCUCAUUUCAUCAAUGGACGAUAUCAACACAGCUGUAGCCAACCGGGCAACCAUACUCCUUGAGAGCUUGCACGAUGGAUCGCUUAAACUACUCGUCUGGUGUAUGGAACAGCAGUUUGACAGUUUCAUUAGCGACAGGCCUCUGUUGUUGCACUCGAUUAUGGCCCUGCAUCAUCACCCUUGGCUGACCAAACGCAAGAUCAUCUCGUGGAAAUUCUUUUUCAAUCGUUUCGACGCUUUGUAUUUGGAAGCCCAGUUGAGCUUGCAGCGGGCCGGGGAAUUGAUUGAACCGCGUGAUCUCAAGUCCAGUCACAUGUCAAACGAAAGCUUCAACAAGAAAUUGCAGAAAGCUCGUGAGGCCAUCAAGCGCUACGCUCCUAGCAGGUCUAGUUCGCCAACUCAACAGCAACCGAGGAGCUUGAUGCGGUCGUUGAGCCUGUCAACUCAUCGCUUCAAUCGCCGAAAGUCUACGCCCAUUCAUCACCCACAGCACGGAGUGACCAAGAGUUACAGCCGACAAAGUUCUUCAGCCCAGUUGAAGUUGAUGCGAUCCAGGGGCGCUCUCGGUGGCGACAGGAUGAACAACCAACAAGCGUCUCAAGAAGAAGCCUACGUUGCUCUCUUCAUGCAACGUUGCUCGGAACUGGACGACUACGAUGGUGAAACCCACUCUUUACUGUUGACUACGCUGAUGCAAUUCCUGGCGCAGCCAGAUCUCGCCCAGUUGAGCGACGACAAGUUCCAAUCGCAAAUUCAGAACCUGGUCCUUCGACAUUUAAGUCUUUUGCUGGGCUACGGACCCACCGAAAGAGCUUUCUGUUUGACACCACAGAAACUCAGAGCAUCGGCUCCUUUCAACGCCUUUCUCUCGGCUCUUCCGCAAGUUCUGGAUCGUAAUUUAGCUAUCGGGGCCAAUCUUCUGCCGAUGACGUUAUCUUUGAUGAUUUUCUGUCCCGCCCCGCCGUCAAAGAACAACGGCCCUGGAGGUAAUUCGUGGUUACAAUGUCAUGGGCAAGCUGGUGUGCCCAUCACAACUCACGGAUCCAUGAGUAGCGUUGGUUUCGCUUCCGGAUCAGCUGCUGCAGCAGCUUCGAAUAACGUCAACGAUCGACACAACGGCACGACUCCACAAAGAGCCUACAAACCGACCUAUUCCCUAUGGUAUUUGGAAACUCAUCCUCGACGGAUGUGGUUACAAACAGUGCUAGUAAUCCUCUAUAAGUAUCGUUAUAACCAACCGAAUUUAGCUCCGCUAGUGCAGAGCAUCAUCCGGAUCGUUCUCAACACUCUGGAAUCUCAAUACCAUCGCUGUUAUCGCUACGGUGGUAUUGGGGCCACUUUAAGUCACGGCCAUCCAUCGACAGCGCAGCAUCAACUCCAUGGGGUUUCUUCAACUGCCACUAUGAGAAUGAGAGACCAGAGUCAGGGCUCUUUGGAAGUAGAAACUCCAAUUGAUCCAACAGAUCUAAAAGGAAGAGCAAAUGUCAUUGGACACGGCGUAGGAGCUGUUCUUGGCAUAGCUGGAUUGGUCUGGGGCUCCUCUACAAUUCAACAUCAAAUUCAGCUACAAGUUGCAACGAAAUCAAACGUCACAUUGACGUCCCGACGUGAGUUGACGGGAAGUAUCUCUAGUGAAUGUGACAUUGACACUGACGUUGAUGGCAUAGAACUUGAAGUUAUACCUGAGAGUCCCAAGAGUAGUCGGCCGGAUCCUGAUUGGGAUCGAGAUUCACUUGCUGAAGUUGAGGUUCUCUCAGAAAUGUCACAACAAGAACCGAAUGCCGCCACUGCAGCGUCAGAAGUAUCGCUGGCGGCCUGUGUCCGACAACCAUCGGGUGUCUAUGAAGCCCAUACAAUUGUUUCGCACCGUCAGGUCAAUGCAGCGGACGCUGCUGCCGCCGCAGCAGCAGCCACAGCGACACCUACGGGAGUCAGAACUCGACAGAGAAAAAUGGGCAUCUCUAUGGGAACCAUGGGUCCCGAAAUUCCGUUUCUAUCCACCGAACAAUCAAACCGUCAGCAACAACAGCCUCAGAUUGAAACCCCAGCACCUCAUCCAGCCCCUGUCAAUCACGCAGUACAUACGCCCAUGAAACAGAGCUGUCUUCGCGUCGGUGACGAAGUGGCGUGUCACCGUUGUUCCAAAUGCAACGCACCAUUUGAAGAAUUCAGCGAAGAAGAACUCGGAUUAUGUAUCGUCAUUAUAUCGACAUUCGUUCAUCGCGAGCCUGCUUUGGCUGCUACUAUGCUACCAGAAAUUCUCCGCUGUAACGCAAAGUGGGCGGGAAGUACGACAUAUACCUGGCAAAUGGGUAGCAAUUUGUACGUACCCGGUGAAGUUGGUGCGAUUGCUCGCCAAUUUCUCCGCUGCUUGUUGCAUCAGCUCACACCGAACAAGGUCUUCAUCCAAUUAUUCCAGACUCAAGUGCCUGAAGAGAUGAAGCAGUCUUUCUUCAAGACGAUGGCAUCGGCGUUGACGGAUUUCGUUGAACUUACUCCGGCGGCACCGCUCCAGUUGUUGCUCGAGUCACUGAAUGAGCAAAAACAGUUGUCGCCAGCCCAGAUCGCCAUGAUGUUGCCCAAUGUGGCCUGCUAUAUCGAGUGUCUUCCGCCGCUCGAAUUGAGUGCCCAGAUUUGGACCCCCCUAUUCGCUCAGCUGGAAAUCUUCUGUACGCGACUCAUUUUAGUCUUACCGCUGCUGAAUGGCAAUCCAAUUCACAGCAAUUCGCUUUUGAGAAUUAUGGGCAGCACAAACCGUGUGGCAGCACUUCAACUCGCCCCAUCUCGUGGCAGCAUACUUGAUUCUUUCGCCAAGAUCCUGCUCUAUAUCAUCCAACAUUGGGCUGGCUUUGAUUACAAGCAUCUCGUGGAACUCUGUCACCUGGCUUUCCGGUCCUUCAACAAGGAUCGAGAAAAGUACAUGUUGACAAGGACGCUCGUCGAUGAACUAGUGUCGGUAAUGAAAUUAAAAUCAAGUCUUCCAGAUUCUACCUUGAUCAUUUUGGUGCAUUUCACCUUGCAAGACGCUGGAGGAACUUUGCCACCCCAUUGCCUGCUAAUGGAUGAAAUGGAUUGCGGUGCCAACACUGUCAAGUUAUCCGGAUCGGAUGGAUCUGCAGGCGCUGGCACCACGGGUGCAUUUGACUGCAUCCGUCCACACUUUAGCGAUAUUAUGGACUUUUUGGCCGACGUUCAUACGCUUAGCAAAUUGAAGAGCAAUAGCAGAGCUAUGAGUCCUGGUCCCGGUUUAGAUGAAGAUACUCUUGGCGGAACGGUCAAAGCCGGAAUGGCCCAACUCUUGGCAUUGGAAGUCGUUCGUGGAAAUGGCAAGGAUAACAAAUGCCUUCAGCGUUACAUGCCCUGGUUAUUGAACCCGCCAUCCUCCAUCCAGCAAGGGCCGCGAGAGUUUCUGGAGUGCGUUUGUCAUGUGAGAUUGUUGUCUUGGCUCUUACUAGGGGCAUUGCAACAUACAGCUUUGGUUACUCACACACAUUCUAAUGGACCACUUUCCGUAUCAAUAGGCGCUACAACUAAUCCUUGUUUGCCGCUACCAAUCGAAGUCUCGUGUUCGCUGGCCGAUCACAUUCAGGGUAUAUUAGCUGGUUUCGCGGAGCAGUCGAAAACGUCCGUACUUCACAUGUCAUCUCUCUAUCAUGCCUUCCUGCUCUGCCAACUUUGGACCAUUUACUUGGAGUUCAUGGCUGGCCAGUUGGGCAAUAAUUCUAACGCAGAGCAGCAAGCUACCAUUUUCAACGUUCUAGUAGAUUUCUGGAGCAAAAUUACUCCUUCCGUAUUACAGUUGGUGGCGCACUCAUCAGUGCUGACUGAAAUGGUCAAUUUACAUUUCUUGAGUCUGAUGGAAGCACUGUCAGAGUGCAAAUCGUCUGUUUUAUCACUCUUGUUACCUCUUUGGACACCAGUUCUACAGGCACAGAAUUCUCAGACGCAGCUACCUGUACAUUUGCAGGUCCGAUUACAGGCCUGUGUGGAGGGCUAUUCCCUCAACACUGGUACGGCAUCAAGUGGCGGUGGCGUAUGCGAAGGACUGGAAACACAUUUGGAAGGCUGGCUACUGCGAUGGCUUCAGAAACUCCAAUUCAAAAUGGGCCAAAUAGAAAUUCAAUCGUCCACUGCUAGUCAGUUUUAUAAUGUUUAGGUCCGGUCUAUUCCUGUUAUUUAUUGUUGAUUUUCCAUUUGUAACGUUACGUGUAAAAGAUACCAUUUAGUAUAUUGAAUUUUAUUGUCCAAAUAACGAUAGAUCUACUGUUUCCUUCCCUCACUUCAAUAGAAACUUAACUGAUUAACGUCAAAGUUCACUCUUUUAUUCGUGGCAAAAUACGAUGGUGAACCGUGAAAUCUGUUUACCG